ACCCAUCAGGACCAUGGCGGCUCUCAGGUUCUUGCUGCUGCCCUUGGGGCUCUUUCUGUGCCUUGGAUGGAAGCUUACCUUGGCCAGCCCUGCAAAUUACAGUGACAACUGCCUGGACUUCCAAGACGUUUUUAUCACCAUCAGCAGCACAGGCAUCAAGGCCUCUCCAACAGUCUAUGAAAGCAACACAGUCUACACAGUGUGGGUUCCCGUGAAUGCCAACCUCAGCUCUGUGGUCCUGCGAGCCCUGGACAGGAACAGCAAUUCAGUGGGCUCCUGGCAAGGUGCAGAUAAACACUGCAAUGACAGUGUUCUCUAUUACAUGAAGCCUGGGGACAACACGCUUAUCAAGGUGCAGUGGACAGCUCCUGCUUCUCACAACAUCACCGAAGUGGAGCUGCAAGCCUUCUGUGUAGACUUCAACAACACGGCUUUGUUUUCUUCCCAGAAGCUGGACAGAGCAGUGAUGACUACAACCAUGACCUCCAACCCUACCACAGCCUUCACCUCCAAGACUCCCAUAGCCUCAACUUCGAAGAUCUCCACAACUUUGCCCCCCAGGAUUUCCACUGCCUUGACGUCCAGAACUCCUAAUAACCCAUCCACAACUACAACCACAACCAAAACCACAACCAAAACCACAACCACGAGCUUGGCCCACAGAGCCUUCAGCAGUUCCAUCACAGGUGCCGUUCAUAUCCUGCUCGUCUUUCUCACCAGCAAACUCCUCUUUUAA